UGGUCGUCCAGAGUCCAGACUCCAUGAGCUUCAAGAAAAGGCAUGAGUCUUCACUCGUUUUCAAGUUGCGGUGUUCUGGCGCUCUUCAACUUUCAAGCAUGUCCUUAUUGCCAGCCAAAAAUGAACAAUACGGGACGAAAGAAUAUUGGGACCGUCGAUAUUCAGAGGAAGGCAUCGAACAAUCUUUCGACUGGUUUAAAACAUACUCCGAUCUCGCAGAUUUCUUUCACGACCUUAUACCAGAGAAGACUUCGAAAAUCUUGAUGCUUGGAUGCGGCAAUUCGAGGCUUUCGGAAGACGUGUGGGAGGAUGGUUAUCGUAAUAUUGUCAACAUCGACGACUCGAGCAUUCUAAUAGAGCAGAUGCGGCAAAAGCAUAGUGGAGUACGGCCGCAGAUGGAAUGGCACGAAAUGGAUGUGAGAGAUCUCAAGAUCGAGGACGAGACCUUUAACGUCGCGAUUGAUAAAGGUACCAUGGACGCAAUGAUGACAACGAAAGGGGAUGUAUGGGACCCUCCUCAACAAGUUGUCAACGAUUGCACGAAGGAGGUAGAAGAAGCAUUGAGGUAAG